CGCACCUUGUACCGCAUAGACGGGACUUAAGACCUAUAUUUCGUGAAAUGGCGGGAACUUUACGACAAUGCUCAAACUUUUAACUGCGAUAAAAAUAUUCUCGUAAAAAAUCCCAAAUAUAUUUUCGUUUCAGAAAAAAGUUUAGCUAGUAUUUGUAAUAGGUUUAAACUGAUAUCAGUGUUUUAAAAUGUAUAAAACUUGUUUUGAGAAACCAGCGUAUUUAAAAUAGAUGACAGUAUGAAACGGAGCAACGAGUCACGCUUACGACAUUCACAACUAUAAGAUUUGAUUUAGUCCGAAUUAUUGACCAUGAAAAAGUUAAAGGAAGACAAUUAUUUUACUCUUACAAGAUUAUAGACAAUUUCAAAUGCCGGAGCCGAAAGAUAUGUCAUAGACAAUGUACAACCUCCUUGGUGCGGUAACAGCGUCGGCAAUACUGCAAAUUUUACUGUCUUAUACAGCCGUCAGCGGCGUCAGCUGGGAGGAAUGGUGGACCUACGACGGCAUUUCAGGUCCAGCGUUCUGGGGUCUCAUAAACCCCGAGUGGUCGCUAUGCAACAAGGGGCGCAGGCAGUCCCCGGUCAACCUCGAACCGGAAAAGCUGCUAUUCGAUCCCAAUCUUCGAUUUCUGCAUAUAGAUAAACAUAGAAUAAAUGGUCUGAUCAGCAACACGGGCCAUUCGGUCAUCUUCACCGUGGAGAACGAGACUCGUCAUCAUAUCAACAUCACUGGCGGACCUCUCUCUUAUAAAUACCAAUUUCAUGAGAUUCACAUACACUAUGGACUACACGAUCAAUUUGGAUCUGAACAUGCUAUCAACGGAUAUUCGUUCCCUGCCGAGAUUCAAAUAUUUGGUUUCAAUUCACAGCUCUAUUCGAAUUUCUCAGAAGCUCUACACAAAGCUCAAGGAAUUGUAUCAAUAUCUUUACUAUUACAGCUUGGUGAUUUGUCAAAUCCAGAACUCAGAAUAUUAACAGAGGAAUUAGAAAAUAUAAAAUAUGGAGGGGCAGAAAUGCCAGUCAACCGUCUGUCUGUCCGAGGGUUACUGCCCGACACGGACUAUUAUAUGACAUACGAUGGCUCCACCACUGCGCCCGCCUGCUACGAGACUGUUACAUGGAUCAUUAUUAACAAACCCAUCUACAUCACUAAACAGCAGCUGCAUGCCCUACGGCGAUUGAUGCAAGGCGACGCGAGGCACCCAAAGGCCCCACUAGGAAACAACUUCAGACCUCCUCAACCGCUACACCACAGGGCAGUAAGGACUAACAUUGACUUUGAUUUGAGCAAGUAUCCUGGUAAGACUUGUCCCAGCAUGCAUCGAGAUAUGCAUUAUAAAGCUAAAAGCUGGACACAGUAUUGAAGAAAUAUUCGGCUACUGUAGGCGUUCAUAUAUAGAAGUAAUAUGUGUAGACAUGUUAUAUGAAAAAAUAAUAAUUUCUAAGUCUUUGUAUAUAAAAUUUUGUACAGCCU